AUGAAGCCAGACGUCGUUCGGGCCGACGCCCGCCGCUUCCUCGAUGAGCGUGGCUCCUCGGCCGCCCUCGCGCCCAACGGCCUCAACCCGGCCACCAUCAUGGAAAAGGCCGUCAUGGAUCGCAUCGUCGACUCGUACUUUUACAAGGAGCAGUGCUUCGCCCUCAACGAGGCCGACAUCGUGGACCGCGUCGUCGAGCACGUCUCCUUUAUCGGCGGCACCCUCGGCGCCUCGCAGAAGCCGAGCCCCUUCCUCUGCCUCGCCUUCAAGCUCCUCGAGCUCGGCCCGAGCGACGCCGUCCUCGGCGAGUACCUGACAUUUGGUGGUGACGCCUUCAAGUAUCUCCGCGCCCUCGCCUGCUUCUACGUCCGCCUCACCCGCCAGGCCAAGGACGUCUACGAGACGCUCGAGCCCUACCUCGACGAUCGCCGCAAGCUCCGUCGCCGCGGACGCGCCGGCACGCGGCUCACCUUUGUUGACGAGUUUGUCGACGAGCUGCUGACCAGCGACCGAGUCUGCGCGACGAGUCUGUGGAAGAUGCCGAAGCGUGAGACGCUCGAGGACCUCGAGGUGCUGGAGCCGCGCGUCAGCGCCCUCGGAGAUUUGGAGGCGCUGCUGGAAGAGGACGACGACGGGGGCGAAGACGACAAGGGCGAGGGCGACAGUGGCGAGCGAGACAAAGACGAGGAUGAGGAGAAUGGCGAGGAGCAGGGGGAGGCGAAUCGGAGCGAUGGGGAGACGUCGAGUCGGUCUCGGUCGCGAAGCUCAUCACGACCACCUUGA